ACUACCACUGAAUCUGUUGGAGCGAUUCGUCGUGAGCAGUGCAACACACCUUUAUGUAAAGCUGGACAGUUUUUGGUGAAGGAAACGAAACACUGCCAGUUCUGUCCUCGUGGCACAUUCCAAGAUGAGGAACAACACACAACUUGUAAAAUGUGCCCAACUGACCACACAACAGCAGCCCAAGGAGCGACAGCGGAGUCACAGUGCUAUUCAACGAACCAAUGUGCUACUGGUGAAGACAACUGUUCAUGGCAUGCUCAUUGCAUAGAUCUACCAGAUGACAACGAUGUGCCGUCGUUCCAAUGCAAAUGCAAGCCCGGUUACCGCGGUAAUGGCACGUAUUGCCAAGAUGCCUGCACUAAUUACUGCCUCAAUGAUGGAGUUUGUAAGAAAAAUUCCGGUGGGCUAUGUGAAUGCCGGCCUGUAAGAGAAACUUCAACCUGCAUCGGCAAAGUUCGUUUCCAGCCAAAGUCACAACGGGUGGCAAUGAUAACCGCCGGAAUCGGAGGUGUUGUCGCAAUCCUUGUCGUCAUCGUUAUCGUCAUAUUUAUGAUCUCAUUCCGAUUCAAUCGGUCCGAAGUUGAUUUCGCGGACAAGGUUCAAAUAGAUGAUUUACAACAGUCAAAUUUCCUCUACGGACGACCUGCAAUAGAAGCACCGCGUCCGAUAGGGUUCUACUAUGAAGAUGAUGAGGAGUAUGAGUCGAAGACGAUGUACGUGACUCGCGAUGAGGAAUCAAAAGAGGCAGAACAACGCCGUCGGAUCGCCCAGCAGCACAUGUAUCGCCCAGGGCAGACAGAA